AUGGCUUACUAUGACGACCCUCGUUAUGUUCGUCGCGAUGCCGACCGGAGCCUCACGGUGCCAGGUCGUCGACAGCCGAUUGACUGGACCGCCGAAGGACCUUCAGAGCUGUCGCCAGUACGAAUCGACCGCCGGAACCCAGAUCACUCGUCGGCUGGCAUCUCCAUUCAAAGACGCAGCCAUUCCCCCGUGGGCCGGUCAUCAGCUCGCCGACCAGCUCGUCGACACCGAUCCCCCUCAUCCUCGACGGACUACUCAUCGCCGGAGAGGAUAGUGAGGCAGGAAAAUGUCCAGGCAAUUUUCAGUCCAGAUUUCGACCAGAAAGACGUCACGCUGCACUUUACGAUGGACAUUGCCGAGGAUAUCGAAGGGGCAUUGGAGGAACUGGCGCGAUUGAAGCGACUCGGCCACUUCAAGGAAGCCCAGGAGUAUGUCGCGACCCAUUUGGACCAUCACCUCAAUUUGCCACUUGUCGCCAUCGAGUAUGCCGAUCUGCUGCGCCAGCAGGGGGCUCAUCGGCAAUUGCAUGAUUUACGGAACCGUCGACAUUUGCUGCCGCCAUUGAAGUCGAAAUUCAUUUUCGGCACCGACAUGAAGCCGCCGAACCUCUAUCGCACGCACUUCGAAUUGAUCGAGCAGUCCUCUGAGCUUGCUCUUCAGGGAUUGCCCAGAAAACAGGUGCUACUAAUUAAGAACGAGAAUAUUCUUAGAUAUCUCAAUAAGCGAGUACCUUCCUGGUUCAUCUCAGCAUAUGUCCGGCCGAAUGAAGACGUCUCGCUAGAUUCGACCGAGGUAUGGAAUCCUUCCACGGACGAACAGUGCGAGUUGGGGCGGCCCUGCUGA